GGUAAGGAGAGGAGUACUGAAGUGCAAUUUAACUGUAAACGAGACACCGCUUCUGAGGGACUGGAGUUUCGAUAUCAUGGAAUUAAACGUGGACUGUUUUGUGGACAUUUCGCGUCGCUGAACGACUUUCUUCUGCUGUCACCCGUUGCCAUCUCUUCAUCUUGGGAAGGUGCAGUCCAACUAAAAAAGCAAGAUGUCGGAUAAGAUGUCCAGCUUCCUCCACAUCGGGGACAUCUGUUCCCUGUACGCGGAGGGCUCCACUAAUGGAUUUAUCAGCACACUGGGUCUUGUGGAUGACCGAUGUGUCGUACAGCCAGACACGGGAGACCUCAAUAACCCUCCCAAGAAGUUCAGAGACUGUCUCUUCAAGCUGUGUCCUAUGAAUAGGUAUUCGGCACAGAAGCAGUUCUGGAAGGCGGCGAAGCCAGGGGGCAACAGCACCACAGACACAGUGCUGCUCAACAAACUGCACCAUGCUGCCGACCUGGAGAAGAAGCAGAAUGAGUCAGAGAAUCGAAAGCUGCUGGGCACAGUAAUCCAGUACGGCAACGUCAUUCAGUUGCUCCAUUUGAAGAGUAAUAAGUACUUGACGGUGAACAAGCGUCUUCCUGCCCUGCUGGAGAAGAAUGCCAUGCGGGUCACUCUGGAUUGUGCCGGCAACGAGGGCUCCUGGUUCUACAUCCAGCCCUUCUACAAGCUCAGAUCCAUAGGAGACAGUGUGGUGAUCGGUGAUAAAGUGGUCCUUAACCCUGUAAAUGCUGGCCAGCCUCUUCACGCCAGCACACACCAGCUCGUAGACAACGCAGGCUGCAAUGAGGUGAAUUCUGUGAAUUGCAACACAAGUUGGAAAAUAGUUUUAUUUAUGAAAUGGAGCGACAACAAAGAGACCAUACUCAAAGGGGGAGAUGUGGUGAGGUUGUUCCAUGCGGAGCAGGAGAAGUUCCUGACGUGCGACGACCACCGGAAGAAGAUGUACGUCUUCCUGCGCACCACCGGCCGCCAGUCCGCUACCUCGGCAACCAGCAGCAAAGCACUGUGGGAAGUGGAGGUGGUGCAUCAUGACCCGUGUCGUGGGGGGGCGGGCUACUGGAACAGCCUGUUCCGCUUCAAGCACCUGGCCACUGGGUGUUACCUGGCCGCUGAGGUGAAUCCAGACUACGAGGAAGAGUGCCAAGAAUCACGGUCCUCUUUGGACUCGGAGCACGAGGCCUUGCGAGCCCGCCUUCGCACCCCCAACGAGAAGGUGAUGUACACACUGGUCUCCGUCCCCGACGGCAACGACAUCUCCUCCAUCUUCGAGCUUGACCCCACCACGCUGAGAGGCGGAGACUCGCUGGUACCCAGGAACUCUUACGUAAGGCUGAGGCAUCUGUGUACCAACACUUGGGUCCACAGCACCAACUACCCCAUUGACAAGGAGGAAGAGAAGCCCGUCAUGCUCAGGAUUGGCACCUCCUCUGUGAAGGAGGACAAAGAGGCCUUUGCCAUUGUGCCAGUGCCCCCCGCCGAAGUGCGAGACCUGGACUUUGCCAACGACGCCAGCAAAGUGCUGGCCUCCAUCGCGGGCAAACUGGAGAAGGGCACCAUCACCCAGAAUGAGCGCAGGUUUGUGACCAAGCUGCUGGAGGACCUGGUGUUCUUUGUGGUGGACAUCCCCAACAGUGGGCAGGACGUGCUGGAGAUCAUGGUCAACAAGCCCAACAGGGAACGCCAGAAACUCAUGAGGGAGCAGAACAUCCUCAAACAAAUCUUCAAGCUGCUUCAGGCCCCGUUUACGGACAGCGGCGACGGCCCCAUGCUGCGUCUGGAGGAGCUGGGUGACCAGCGCCACGCCCCCUUCAGGCACAUCUGCCGCCUCUGCUACCGCGUCCUGCGGCACUCCCAGCAGGACUACAGGAAGAACCAGGAGUACAUAGCCAAGCAGUUCCGCUUCAUGCAGAAGCAGAUUGGCUAUGACGUGCUGGCGGAGGACACUAUCACGGCGCUGCUGCACAACAACCGCAAGCUGCUGGAGAAACACAUCACCGCUGCAGAGAUAGACACCUUCGUCAGCCUCGUCAGGAAGAACAGGGAACCCAGGUUUCUGGACUACCUCUCAGACCUGUGUGUGUCCAUGAACAAGUCCAUCCCCGUCACUCAGGAGCUGAUCUGCAACGCUGUGCUGGACCCAGCCAACGCAGACAUCCUCAUCGAGACCAAGUUGGUGCUGUCGCGGUUCGAGGUGGAGUCUGUGACCCUGGGCGAGGCGCCGGUGGAGACGGAGGAGGACGAAGAGGAGGUGUGGCUCUUCUGGAAGGACAGCGGCAAGGAGAUCCGCAGCAAGAGCAUCCGGGAGCUGGCACAGGACGCCAAGGAGGGACAGAGAGAAGACCAGGAGAUCAUCAGUUACUACAGGUACCAGCUGAACCUGUUUGCGCGGAUGUGCCUGGACCGGCAGUACCUGGCCAUCAACAAGAUCUCGGGCCAGCUGGACGUGGACCUGAUCCUGCGCUGCAUGUCGGACGAGGACCUGCCCUACGACCUGCGCGCCUCCUUCUGCCGCCUCAUGCUGCACAUGCACGUGGAUCGCGACCCCCAGGAGCAGGUCACGCCCGUCAAGUACGCCCGCCUCUGGUCCGAGAUCCCCGCCAUGAUCUCCAUCGACGACUAUGAUAGUGACGGCACGACGCGAGACGAGAUCAAGGAGAGGUUCGCCCUCACCAUGGAUUUUGUGGAAAACUACCUCCGCGACGUGGUCUGCCAGAACGUGCCCUUCUCUGACAAGGAGAAAAACAAGCUCACGUUUGAGGUGGUGAAUUUGGCCCGAAAUCUGAUCUACUUCGGAUUUUAUAACUUCAGCGAUCUGCUGCGCUUGACCAAGAUCCUUCUAGCCAUCCUGGACUGCGUUAAUGUCAGUACGAUAUACCCCAUCAACAAGAUCGAGAAAGGAGAUGAGAACAAAGGGAGUCAUGUGAUGCGCUCCAUCCACGGGGUGGGGGAGCUGAUGACCCAGGUGGUGUUGAGGGGAGGGGGCUUCCUGCCCUCCACACCCAACCUGCCGUUACCCAGCAACGGGGACGUGGUGAAGACGCAGGUGGAGCCGGAGAGGGAAGACAUCAUGGUCAUGGACACCAAGCUCAAGAUCAUAGAGAUACUGCAGUUCAUCCUGAAUGUGAGGUUAGACUACCGCAUCUCCUGCCUGCUUUGCAUCUUCAAGAAGGAGUUUGACGAGACAAACACUCAGGUGGACGGAACAGCAUUGGCCAAUCCAGAAACCCCCACCAACAUGCCAGCAUUGGAUUUUGAGAAGAUUGAGGAGCAGGCAGAAGGCAUAUUUGGUGGAAGUGAGGAGAACACUCCUCUGGAUCUUGAUGACCAUGGUGGUCGUACCUUCUUGAGGGUCCUCCUCCACCUCACCAUGCAUGACUACCCCCCGCUGGUGUCUGGGGCCCUCCACCUGCUCUUCAGGCACUUCAGCCAGAGACAAGAGGUGCUGAUGGCCUUCAAACAGGUCCAGCUGCUGGUGACCAGUCAGGACGUGGACAACUACAAGCAGAUCAAGAGCGAUCUGGACCAGCUGCGCUCCAUCGUGGAGAAGUCGGAGCUGUGGGUCUACAAGAGGCAGGGGGAAGAUGGAGAAGGGGGAGAGGGCCCCUCUGGAGAGUCGGAAAACAAGAAGAAGGGUGAUUCUGGUGGCUCGGACAAGAAGAAGACGGAGAGUACGAGCAGCUAUAAUUACCGGGUGGUGAAGGAGAUCCUGAUUCGGCUCAGUAAGCUGUGCGUCCAGGAGGGAACGUCUGGCAAGAAGAGCAGGAAGCAGCAGCAGAGGCUCCUGAGGAACAUGGGGGCCCACAGUGUGGUGCUGGAACUACUGCAGAUACCCUAUGAGAAGGGUGAAGAUGUGCGCAUGCAGGAGAUCAUGAGGCAGGCCCACGAGUUCCUGCAGAAUUUCUGCGCAGGGAACCAGCAGAACCAGACGCUGCUCCACAAGCACAUCAACCUGUUCCUCAACCCCGGGAUCCUGGAGGCGGUGACCAUGCAGCACAUCUUCAUGAACAACUACCAGCUGUGCAGCGAGAUCAACGAGCGCGUGGUGCAGCACUUUGUGCACUGCAUCGAGACGCGCGGCCGCCACGUGCAGUACCUCAAGUUCCUGCAGACCAUCGUCAAGGCCGAGAACAAGUUCAUCAAGAAGUGCCAGGACAUAGUCAUGGCUGAGCUGGUGAACUCGGGCGAGGACGUGCUGGUGUUCUACAACGACCGGGCCUCCUUCCAGACGCUGGUGCAGAUGAUGCGCUCGGAGCGCGACCGCAUGGACGAGAACAGCCAGCUGAUGUACCACAUCCACCUGGUGGAGCUGCUGGCCGUCUGCACCGAGGGCAAGAACGUCUACACCGAGAUCAAGUGCAACUCCCUGCUGCCGCUCGACGACAUCGUGCGCGUGGUCACCCACGAGGACUGCAUUCCCGAGGUGAAAAUAGCCUACAUCAACUUCCUCAACCACUGCUACGUGGACACGGAGGUGGAGAUGAAGGAGAUCUACACCAGCAACCACAUGUGGAAGCUCUUCGAGAACUUCCUGGUCGACAUCUGCCGGGUGUGUAACAACACGAGUGACAGGAAGCACGCGGACGCGGUGCUGGAGCGUUACGUCACAGAGACCGUCAUGAGCAUCGUCACCACCUUCUUCAGCUCGCCCUUCUCCGACCAGAGCACCAGCCUACAGACGCGUCAGCCGGUGUUUGUGCAGCUGCUGCAGGGUGUGUUCAGGGUGUACCACUGCAACUGGCUCAUGCCGACCCAGAAGGCCUCAGUCGAGAGCUGCAUCAAGGUGCUGUCGGACGUAGCCAAGAGCAGAGCCAUCGCCAUCCCAGUGGAUCUGGAUAGCCAGGUCAACAACCUGUUUGUCAAGUCCAAUAACGUGGUGCAGAAGACCCUCCUCAACUGGCGCCUGUCGGCACGCAACGCCACCCGCCGCGACUCCACGCAGACCACCUCCCGGGACUACCGCAACAUCAUCGAGAGGUUACAGGACAUUGUGUCUGCUCUGGAGGACCGUCUGCGGCCGCUGGUGCAGGCUGAGCUGUCGGUGCUGGUGGACGUGCUGCAUCGGCCGGAGCUGCUCUUCCCAGAGAACACGGACGCACGCAGGAAGUGCGAGAGCGGAGGCUUCAUCUCCAAGCUGAUCAAGCACACCAAGCAGCUGCUGGAGGAGAAUGAGGAGCGGCUGUGCAUCAAAGUGCUGCAGACACUGCGGGAGAUGAUGACCAAGGACCGGGGCUACGGGGAGAAGCUGAUUUCCUUUGAUGAUGAGAUGGAAGUGGCUGAGCUGGUCCCGCCACCCGAACCCGACGUUCCAGCAGAGGAGCUUGACCCAAACCAGCCACAGAAGCAACUGGAAGAUCAGAAGAGGGGCGAAGCUCUGAGGCAGAUCCUGGUCAACCGUUACUAUGGCAACUUCAAGCCAGGGGGCCGACGAGACAGCCUGACGAGCUUCAGUAAUGGACCACUCAGCCCAGGGGGACAGGCCAAGGCUCCUACAGGUGUUGGUGGGGGCUCGUGCGUGAGUCGCGGUGAGAUGAGCCUGGCGGAGGUGCAGUGUCACCUGGACAAGGAGGGCGCCUCGGACCUGGUCAUCGACCUCAUCAUGAACGCCACCAGCGACCGCAUCUUCCAGGAGAGCAUCCUAUUGGCCAUCGCCCUGCUGGAGGGGGGCAACACCGUCAUACAGCGCUCCUUCUUCUGCCGCCUGACGCGGGACAACAAGUCGGAGAAGUUCUUCAAGGUGUUCUACGAGCGCAUGAAGUUGGCUCAGCAGGAGAUCAAGGCCACGGUGACGGUCAACACCAGCGACCUGGGCACCAAGAGGAAAGAUGAGGAGCCGCCUGACAAGGACGCGCCCGCACGCAAGAAAGUUAAGGAGGUGACGGGGGUGGUGACUGAGGAGGUGCGUGAGCAGCUGAUCGAGGCGUCUGCGGUGACCAAGAAGGCCAUCACGGCGUACCGGCGCGAGGUGGACGCGGAGGAGCAGCUGGCGGCGGGCGGGGAGGGCGGGGCCGCUGGGGGGGCCCCAGGCGCGGCACCGGGCACGGGGGCCACGACGGGCGCGGCGGGGGACAAGAGCUCGGACGAGAAUGAGAUGAGCGUCAUCAUCACCAUCAUGCAGCCUAUCCUGCGACUCAUGCAGCUGCUCUGCGAGAACCACAACCGGGAACUGCAGAACUUCCUUCGCAACCAGAACAACAAGAACAACUACAACCUGGUGUGUGAGACGCUACAGUUCCUGGACUGCAUCUGUGGCAGCACCACAGGGGGCCUAGGCCUGCUGGGCCUCUACAUCAAUGAGAAGAACGUGGCCCUCAUCAACCAGACCGUGGAGAGCCUCACCGAGUACUGCCAGGGGCCCUGCCACGAGAACCAGAACUGCAUCGCCACACAUGAGUGUAACGGCAUUGACAUCAUCAUCGCCCUGAUCCUGAAUGACAUCAACCCCCUGGGCAAGAAGAGAAUGGACCUGGUGCUGGAACUCAAGAAUAAUGCCUCCAAGCUCCUGUUGGCUAUCAUGGAGAGUCGACACGACAGCGAGAACGCAGAGAGGAUCCUCUACAACAUGAGGCCUAAGGAACUGGUGGAGGUGAUCAAGAAGGCGUACAUGCAGGGGGAGAUCGAGGUGGAGCCGGGAGAGGAAGGAGCAGCAGGAGGAGAGGAGGCGGAGGAGGAGCACGCGGCCUCCCCUCGCAACGUUGGACACAACAUCUACAUCCUCGCACACCAGCUUGCCAGACACAAUAAAGAGUUGCAGGCCAUGUUGAAGCCUGGGGGUACGUACGGUGAGGGCGACGAGGCCUUGGAGUUCUACGCCAAGCACACGGCCCAGAUCGAGAUCGUGCGUCUGGACCGCACCAUGGAGCAGAUCGUCUUCCCCGUGCCCAACAUCUGCGAGUUCCUGACCAACGAGUCCAAGCUGCGCGUCUAUUACUCCACGGAGCGCGACGAGCAGGGCAGCAAGAUCAACGACUUCUUCCUACGAGCGGAGGACCUCUUCAACGAGAUGAACUGGCAGAAGAAGCUGCGAGCCCAGCCCAUCCUGUACUGGUGCUCCAGGAACAUGUCCUUCUGGAGCAGCGUGUCCUUCAACCUGGCCGUCCUCAUGAACAUCCUGGUGGCCUUCUUCUACCCCAUAGAAGGGGUCCGAGGAGGUACUCUGGAGCCUCACCUCUCAGGUCUGCUGUGGUUGGCCAUGCUGGUGUCGCUGGCCAUCGUGGUGGUGUUGCCCCAGCCGCAUGGCAUCCGGGCCCUGAUUGCCUCCACCAUCCUCAGGCUCAUCUUCUCCGUGGGCCUGGAGCCCACACUCUUCCUGCUCGGGGCCUUCAACGUGGGCAACAAGGUCAUCUUCCUGAUCAGCUUCGCGGGGAACCGGGGCACGUUCACACGCGGCUACAAGGCCAUGAUCCUGGACGUGGAGUUCCUCUACCACCUGCUCUACCUGAUCAUCUGCAGCCUGGGGGUGUUCGUCCACGUCUUCUUCUACAGCCUCCUGCUGUUUGACCUGGUGUACCGCGAGGAGACGCUGCUGAACGUGAUCAAGAGCGUGACGCGUAACGGCCGCUCCAUCGUGCUGACGGCCGUGCUGGCCCUCAUCCUGGUCUACCUCUUCUCCAUCGUGGGAUACAUCUUCUUCAAGGACGACUUCAUCCUGGCCGUCGACAGGAUACCCAACAAAACACUAGAGGCCGGGGCCAGCAUGAUGGGAGACUUCCUGUCUGAAGGAGUCUGCAGAAAGGACAGCGGAGAAAACUGCACUUCAGAGGCAGUGGUAGACGCCCUGGUCCACCAGCCGUCGGCGGUGGUGAUCGAGGAUAAGGAGCGUACGUGUGACUCCCUGCUCAUGUGCAUCGUCACCGUCCUGAGCCACGGCCUGCGGAGCGGCGGGGGGGUUGGAGACGUCCUGCGCAGGCCAUCCAAAGAGGAGCCUCUCUUCACCGCGCGUGUCAUCUACGACCUGCUCUUCUUCUUCAUGGUGAUCAUCAUCGUGCUGAACCUGAUCUUCGGUGUCAUCAUCGACACCUUUGCCGACCUGAGGAGCGAGAAGCAGAAGAAAGAGGAAGUGCUCAAGACCACCUGCUUCAUCUGCGGUCUGGAGCGUGACAAGUUUGACAACAAGACAGUGACGUUCGAGGAGCACAUCAAGGUGGAGCACAACAUGUGGCAUUACCUCUUCUUCAUCGUCCUGGUGAAGGUGAAGGACCGCACCGAGUACACAGGUCCUGAGAGCUACGUGGCCGAAAUGAUCAGGGACCACAACCUGGACUGGUUUCCUCGUAUGCGUGCCAUGUCCCUGGUGAGCAUGGACGGAGAGGGGGAGCAGAACGAGAUACGCAGCCUGCAGGAGAAACUGGAGUCCACUAUGAAGCUAGUCUGCAACCUGUCGGGACAGCUGACCGAACUCAAAGAACAGAUGACAGAGCAGAGGAAACAGAAGCAGAGGAUCGGUCUCCUGGGCCACCCACAGCAGCACAUGAACCCCGUCAACCCCCAGCAGCCAGCCUGAGCUCUCUCUCUCACACACACACGCAGGCAUGCACGCACACGCACACGCACACGCACACACACACACACACACACACACACACACACACACACACACACACACACACAAACACACAGGCAAGCAUACACACAUACAGGCAAGCACACACACAUACACAGGCAAGCACACAAACAGAAAACACACACACACACACACACACACACACAUAUAUACAGUACAGGUAUAAAUACACAAACAUACACAUACACACACAUCCCAUGCUCCCAUCUCAGCUAUAGCGUACACCCGGCGAGAGGAGGCUAAUUUGACCUCAUGCACCCCAUCCCACCUCCACCUCCAGGGCUCACGCCACACACUGCACACGCCAAUGUCUACUCUGCCACAACCUCUUCUCCAGUGGUUCCCAAACUUUUUCAGCAGGGACCUCCUUUUGGACUUCAGAAUAUUUUUGCGACCGUCACCCCCGUCAAAUGCUUGGCCAAUUUUUUUUGUCCAUUAAUUUUGAUAGAUUUUCCAUGAAUAGUUUGUCCGCUGAUAAUGCCAGAAAUCCACAGGGCAGCAAAUACAUCUAUUACCUGUUAGAUGUUAUGCAAUACCUCGUUUGUCCGCGACCCCCCUUCAGCAUCUCUGCGACUCCCCCCCAUAGGGGUCCCGACCCAAAGUUUGGGAGCCACAAUGUCUACUCUGUCACUCAUAGUGCAGUGUGCUAGUGUGCAUAGUGCAGUGUGCUAGUGCCUAAGGCUGAUAUUCUGGACACUUUAGUUUGGGUUGUGUUUUCAACUUUUUCUUUCUUGAUUAUUUAUUUUUCGCCCUCGUCUUACACAUGCAAAGAGCCACCGUGGACAACACACGGGGGUCCACAUGUCUGGAGCGAUCAGAGGGGCUAACCACCAUUAAGGUCCACUCUGGCUCUGUGCCAAAUGCUUUAUUGUUGUUGUUUUUUGUGUGUUUUAUUUUAUUUUAUAUUUGUCGUUAUGAUUUGUUUUCUAUUUAUGGAGAUAUGUGGAUGUGAGAUCUCAUUGCUAUGGCCUUUUACAGUGAACUUGAAACACACGCAGCAGGCCUGUACUGAAAGUGCACCGCGUAAGACGGUGAGGGACAUAGUGCCAUGUCCUCCUCCCCGUGCUGUUUGGAAACACGAUUGACUGGCAUCUCUCUUUUUGUAUAAAGUCAAGGAAUGUUACAAAACAUUACAAAGCAGGGGCCUAAUCCAAAAAAGAUGGUUUAGUUACUUAUCCAGCUCAAGUCUCAGAGAGCCGACAAUCUCCUAAUAUAACAGACUUGGAGGUUUAUGUUUCUGUUUAAACAAAGCCACUGGACACUCUAUUACUAGAUUUACUGUAUUUUAGUGACUAAACCGGCUUCCUGGAAUUACCCUACAGAAUAGCAAGCAGUAUUCUAUGUCUAUUUUUUGUAUUUUGUGCAAUAUCAACACUUUAAUAUGCAACCCUUUCGACCUGGUGUAUCUGAGGAGGAAGAAGAAGCGUCCUCUAGGUAGGAGUUUUGUCUCAACAUGUUUCCUUUUGUUUUACAUGUGAAAUGUGUUUUGAAAAAAAAGAAAGAAAGAAAAUCAAUUGCCAUGGGUCUUGUAGUAUGUUGAUAAAACACACCAGGAAGAUGUCUGACGUGGAAUCAGAGGAAUUUGGAGCGAAUGACAUAGAAUGUUUAAUUCUGCUAUGGUUUUAUUUAUUUAAUUUAUUUCAGAGACUUUAUUAAAAAGAGACGCUUGAUAGAUUGAUCUUUUUCAGUCACAAAAAAUAGUGUCUCUUGAUUUUUUUCUUUCAACUCAGUUUAUGUUCUGUACACGACUUGCAGCUUGUUGACAGGCAUUCCUAUCUAUGUAGUUGGGAACUCAGUGGUUUUAGGUUAUAUGUUUCUAGGGUAGCUUGAAAAAGAAAAUUAAGACUUAAGUCAGUGACGUGUGCACUAGUUUUACACUUUCUCUCCCAUUCUAAGUUACAGGUUCAGGUCACUCUGUUUAUCAUAUUGACCACCAGGACUUCUUUCACUGGCUCCUUUUUUCUUGAUUUUCCUUUUUUGUCUAUUUUUUAUUAUUUAUUGUUUAUCAUUAUUUUAUUUCACAUCUCUACUAACUCGAAUCUCAGUAACUUAUUGUUGUGCCUCUUAAACGUCUUGAGUACUAACUCAAAGCUUCUGAUAUUUAUUUUUUAUUUUUAUUUUGUGUACUUUCCAUUCUCUUCAAGCCCAUGUUUUUUUUCAGAAUUGAUUUAAGAUUGUGUGUAUUUUCUUUUUAAUCAUGUAUGUAUAUAUGUCAGCAAAGCCUUUUUGCUAUUGUAUAGAUACGCAUUUUCAAGGAGGCACCAUAGACUUUACAGUAAGAGCAGUGUUACUAAGUAAUACAGUAAUUUAAGAUAAAUAAUUAUCCGACAUGUACAUUUAAUGUAGACCUAUUUAAUAAAAAUGUCUAAU